GUCUUUGAUUCACUCAAAGAACAGCGGUGAAACGGCCACAAGAUGACAGCUCUCAGCCUGGUCACUCUGGUCAGCUUGGCCUCCACUGUUUUCGCCAAGGAGCUGGAGGCCCACCCUCACCCUCCCCAACAGCAGCACCAGCACUGGGCACAGAUCUGCAGCGGGAACCCCACCAACAAGAUCCGGGGCUGCGAUAGAUACGGCUGCGGCCAAUUCGGCGCCGACAGGCACGGUCACAAGGGGGGUGGCAGGCACACGGGGGUGGAUGUCAUCUGCUCCGACGGAGCGACGGUGUACGCUCCUUUCAGCGGCCAGCUCUCCGGACCCAUUCGCUUCUUCCACAACGGCAACGCCAUCGACGACGGAGUCCAAAUCAGGGGGUCAGGUUUCUGUGUCAAGCUCGUCUGCAUCCACCCCAUCCGGUACCACGGCCAAAUCCAGAGGGGACAGCAGCUGGGGAGAAUGCUGCCGAUGCAGAAAGUCUUUCCUGGCAUCAUCUCUCACAUCCACGUUGAGAACUGUGACCACUCGGAUCCUACGCAGCAACUUACGCCUGUUGUUCCACCAUUCCCACAACAACAAGACACGCACUGGGCCACAGUGUGCUCUGGAAAUCCUACAAACGAGAUCCGGGGCUGCGAUCGCUACGGCUGCGGGUACUACGGGGCUCCAAGGCGCAAUGGUAAAGGAAAGCACACGGCCGUGGAUGUCAUCUGCUCUGAUGGGGCAACCGUGUACGCUCCCUUCUCUGGAGAGCUCUCUGGACCCAUUAAAUUCUUCCACAACGGAAAUGCCAUCGAUGACGGAGUCCAAAUUAGGGGAUCAGGUUUCUGUGUCAAGCUCGUCUGCAUCCACCCCAUCCGGUACCACGGCCAAAUCCAGAGGGGGCAGCAGCUGGGGAGAAUGCUGCCGAUGCAGAAAGUCUUUCCUGGCAUCAUCUCUCACAUCCACGUUGAGAACUGCGACCACUCGGAUCCUACGCAGCAACUUACGCCUGUUGUUCCACCAUUCCCACAACAACAAGACACGCACUGGGCCACAGUGUGCUCUGGAAAUCCUACAAACGAGAUCCGGGGCUGCGAUCGCUACGGCUGCGGGUACUACGGGGCUCCAAGGCGCAAUGGUAAAGGAAAGCACACGGCCGUGGAUGUCAUCUGCUCUGAUGGGGCAACCGUGUACGCUCCCUUCUCUGGAGAGCUCUCUGGACCCAUUAAAUUCUUCCACAACGGAAAUGCCAUCGAUGACGGAGUCCAAAUUAGGGGAUCAGGCUUCUGUGUCAAAAUAGUCUGCAUCCACCCCGUCAGAUACAGCGGGAGAAUCUCUAAGGGGCAGGUCCUGGGGCGAAUGCUGCCCAUGCAGAGAGUGUUCCCUGGGAUCACAUCCCACAUCCACAUCGAGAACUGCGACCGCUCGGAUCCCACUCCCAACCUGGAAAGGGGGAAAGGGCAGCACAGAGGGUGAAAUGGGAAACGCAGUAAAUUCCAAAUAAAUUCAUCUCAGCAUCCAAAA